AUGAGCCAGGAUUUGGUGGAGACUCCUAGCUCCUUUGGAGACAUGAUGCGGGCACCUGUGCGGCUCUACAAGACCAUUGGCGAGGACAUCUAUGCCCAUCGGUCGACGAAUCCUUUGAACUCGUUGCUGCUGAAGAUCUACUUGUAUGCGGGGUUCAUCAACUUCAAUUUAUUGGUCUGUGGCGAGUUGAUUUUCUUCUACAAAUCCAUGCAGGACUUCGAAACAGUGCGUCUGGCAAUUGCAGUUGCUCCUUGCAUUGGAUUCUCUCUCGUUGCGGACUGUAAGCAGUUCACCAUGGCGCUGCAUAAGAAGACAUUGACACGCCUGCUGGACGAACUGGAGGAGAUGCAUCCAAGGACAUUGGAGGAGCAGCGUGCGUACAAAAUGGAGAAUUUCGAUAGAACCAUGAAACGUGUCAUUGGCAUCUUUACCUUCCUCUGUCUGGCAUACACGACCACCUUCACUCUGUAUCCGGCUAUCAAGGCGACGAUCAAGUUCAAUUUUCUGGGCUAUGAGACAUUUGAUCGGAACUUUGGUUUUCUCAUCUGGUUUCCAUACGAUGCGACCGGCAAUAAUUUGGUCUAUUGGAUUACAUAUUGGGAUAUAGCCCAUGGCGCCUACUUGGCCGGCAUUGCCUUUCUCUGUGCCGACUUACUGCUCGUCGUGGUCAUCACUCAGCUCUGCAUGCACUUUAAUUACAUUGCCACACGCCUGGAGACGCAUCCCUGUCACUCGGAUCGGGAUCUGGAAAACGUGCGUUUUCUAUCAUCCAUGAUUAAAUACCAUGACAAGUGUCUGACACUCUGCGAACACGUUAACAAUAUGUAUAGUUUCUCCUUGCUACUCAACUUUCUGAUGGCCUCAAUGCAAAUUUGUUUCAUUGCCUUUCAAGUGACCGAGUCGACAAUUGAAGUUAUUCUGAUCUAUUGCAUCUUUCUAAUGACCUCGAUGGUUCAAGUAUUUCUAGUGUGUUACUACGGCGAUGCUCUGAUAGCUGCGAGUCUGCGAGUGGGUGAUGCUGCUUACAAUCAGAACUGGUUUCAGUGCAGCAAAACUUAUUGCAUAUUGCUGAAGAUGAUGAUAAUGCGUAGCCAGAAACCGGCUAUGAUUAGACCUCCAACAUUUCCUCCUAUUUCACUAGUUACCUAUAUGAAGGUAAUCAGCAUGUCGUAUCAGUUCUUUGCACUACUGAGAACAACCUACUACAGAAAUUAA